GAAAGUGACGCCACCCACACAGACACAUACGCAAUCUCUAUGGCGCAUGCGCAAGGCCUGAGUUUCCCCUCUCCCCCUCACCUAGUUGGCUGGUCCCGUCACUCUCAUGCCAGCGCAUGCGUGUUCACCAGCUGGGAGGCCUGCCCCCUCACCCUCCCGUGUCACGUAAUUUUGGCCGCUGGUCGGUGAUGAGGUCACGUGAGAAGGCUGGUCGAGUCACGUGAUCCGGGUGGUGGUUGGUGCUGUUAUGGCUGCUGCCGUGGUGGUCGCGCUGCGGCAGCGGUUGGCGGGGCUGGGGCGGAGGCUGGACCGGCUGAGAGAAGCGGGCGGAGAUGAUGCUUUUUUAGUGAAGGGUGGUAUCUCGCUGGAGAAGCUGAAAGAUCUUUGUAAAGAAGAUAAAGAAAUUGUAAAUCCUUCAAAUCUUUUGCAGCUUUACACACAGAUAGUCUUGGACAUCACAUAUUUUGAGGAGAACCAACUUGUAGAUGAAGAUUUUCCAGAAGAUUCUUCCUCACAGAGAGUUAAAGAACUUAUCAGUAUUCUUUCAGAACCAGAGGUUCUAGUUAAAGAAAGCAACAUGCAUCAAGAUCUACGUGGUGUUCUUGGUACAGAGUUGUUAGAAUGUCUAUCCUGGAGACGAGGAGCUCUACUCUACAUGUAUUGUCACACUGUAAAAGAGAGAGGAUGCUGGAUAACAGAAAACACUGACUUUUUUAAAAAGUGUCUUAACGAUGGAAUCCAUUACUUACUGAAGAUGCUAAGGUUUAGAUACCCUCCUCGGCUAAAUGAUGUCUCAUUUCAGGAUAAAGACACAGCUAGAUUGCUCAGUGAAGGUAUAUUUAGUGAUACCCAUGUACUGGCCAUGAUGUAUAUUGGAGAAAUGUGUUACUGGGGACUGAAGCACUGUGGAGAAGAAAAGCCUGGACCCCAUGAAAUGGAUUCUGAAUCUAAUACUGAACUGUAUUGCAGCUUACAUAGUGCAGUGCUGGAUUUCCGAGAAGUAGGAGAAAAGAUGUUAAUGAAAUAUGUAGCUGUGUGUGAGGGACUCUUAAAAGGACAAGACUGGAAUACGGCAAAUGCAAAACUAAUCUUGGACUACUUCAAGAAAUUCCAUAGUUAGCUUAAUUAACCAGUUGCUGUUAUCCAUGCCUUACAAGAAAGUUGCAAUAUAUGACGAACACAAGUAGAAAGAUCAACAUUAAACUGAGACAAAACACUGUUAAAA